AUGGCUGGUUCUAUGGAGGAGAAAGAUCAGAACCUCGCUGAAUCUGAGAAUCCCAGAAAGCGCCGUGGUAGCACCCUGAGAGCCGUCAAAGAGACGGCUGCUUCAUCCCGCCCAAAGCGUGUUGCAACAUCUUUAAAGGCAGUCAUUGCAAAUGAUGUUGUAGCUGAGGCUAAGAGGCGCCCAAAGAGCGCAAAAGUCGAAUCCGAUUCACUAAAAGCGCGUCAAGCCGAAAAAGCCUCUGCUAAAGAUACGGCUAAGGCGGCCGCUGAGCCUGUUCCUGUUAAGAAAGGUAGACCUGGCAAAAAGCCAAAUGCUGCAGCUACCGUGGAUGGCACAGCGGCUGUGGACGGAGCUACCAAGGAUGCAAGGUCCAAAGAUGCAAGCGGUGCCAGUGAAACCAAAAAUGGCAGAUCAUACUGGCUUAUGAAAGCAGAACCAGAGACAAGACUCGAAAAAGGUGUAGAUGUCCGAUUUUCGAUUGAUGAUUUGCGUGCAGCCACCGAGCCGGAAGGAUGGGAUGGUGUCCGUAAUGCAGCCGCGAGAAACCAUAUGCGUGCAAUGAAGAAAGGAGACAUUGCUUUCUUCUAUCACUCUAACUGCAAAGUUCCAGGCAUAGCCGGCACGAUGCAAAUCGUUCGAGAAAGCUCUGUAGAUGAAUCCGCCUUUGACCCCGCCCACCCAUACUAUGACCCAAAAUCAAAUCGCGAUAGCCCCAAGUGGGACUGGGUCCAUGUUCAAUUUCGAAGCAAGUUCAAAAAUUUGGUUACACUUGCGGAUAUCAAAUCUCACGCGAAGCCAGGCGGUGCGCUAGAAAAUCUCCAAAUGGUUAAGCAAUCCCGUCUGAGCGUUUCGCCUGUCACGGAAGAGCAGUGGAAGUUUCUGAUGAGCCUGGCGGAGGAAGAAGAACCUGUGAAAGAAUAG